GCGCCUUUCGAGGAAAGUGGCGCGCAGCCCGGGCACUUUCGCUUUCGUUCCUCGCAUAUUCUGUAGCUUCGUCAAGGCAAUGCAGAAGGCUGAUUGGUCGCGACGACUUCCCAGUUUCCAGGACUGGCAGCUGGGGCGCUACAAGAGCUUUCGAGCCACAAAACCCUCUUGCAAUUCCCGAGUUCUUGCUUUUAUCCCGGAAGACAAGGCUUGAGCUGAGCCUCUCCUGUCGUCCCCUCCUGACGUCUCAGCUGGGAACUCCGAGCAAGGCUCUCUCCCUCUUCCUGCUGGCCUGUCUGCUCGUCUGCAUGAGAGAAACAGCAACAAUCAAGUCCAGUCAAGACCCAUCCUCCCGAGGUCCGUCCCUGCAAAAAACACCACCACCAAAAAACCAAUCUUCUCUUGCAUGAUGGCCCCAGGGCAGGUCCACAUUGCGGCUCCUGUUUGCCUAAUUGAGAACAUGCCGGACGGGAAGCUUGUGGUGAACUGGGAGGCUGCAGAGGUGCUUGCCAGGAUCCGCCAGCCGGUGGUGGUGGUGGCCAUUGCGGGGUUGUACCGCACGGGCAAGUCCUACCUCAUGAACAGGCUUGCGGGGAAGAGAAAAGGUUUCUGUCUGGGUGCCACGGUGCAGGGGCUCACGAAGGGCAUCUGGAUGUGGUGCCUCCCUCACCCCCACAGGCCUGACCUCACACUGGUGUUGCUGGAUACAGAAGGGUUGGGUGAUGUGCAGAAGGGAAACACACAGAAUGACUCAUGGAUCUUUGCCCUGGCCAUUCUGCUCAGCAGCACCCUGGUGUACAACAGCAUGGGCACCAUUGACCAAAAUGCCCUGGAGAACCUGCACUAUGUCACUGAGCUGACAAAAAAGAUUAAAGCAAAAGCUUCCUCUGGUGAGGAUAGAGAGGAGGAGAACUCUGCUGAAUUUGUCCGUUUCUUCCCAGACUUCAUCUGGGCAGUGCGGGAUUUCACACUACAGCUGGAGAUAGAUGGACACCCCGUCACUGAGGAUGGGUACCUGGAGAAUGCCUUGAGACUGCAGAAAGGUAAUACUGAGCAAAUCCAGAGGUGCAACAUGCCCAGGUCGUGCAUUCGCAGAUUCUUUCCUUCGCGGAAAUGUUUCACGUUUGACCGCCCAGCUAGCAGGAAGAAGUUGCCUCGGCUGGAGGAACUGGAAGAAGAUGAUUUGGAGGAAGAUUUCUUGGAGCCAGUGGCUCGUUUCUGCCAACACAUCUGGGAGACAUCUCGACCCAAGACAGUCCCGGGAGGCCAAGUUGUGACAGGAAUAAUGCUUAAAAACCUGGCGAAGACCUACGUCGAUGCUAUCAACAGCGGGGAUUUGCCCUGUUUGGAGAAUGCCGUGCUGGCCCUGGCGGAGAUUGAGAACGCAGCAGCUGUGUGUGAUGCCAUUUCCUGUUACGAAGAGCAGAUGGGGCAGCGGUUGAACCUGCCCAUGGGCACCGUCGAUGAGCUGCUGGCAGUACACGCCGAGUGUGAGAGGGAAGCCACUGGCAUCUUUAUGGCCCGUGCCUUUGGAGAUGAGUUGGUUAAAAAAUCACAAGAGAAGCUUGAGCAAGAGCUGAAAAAGAAAAAGGAAGAGUUCUGCAGGAAGAAUGAGCAGGCGUCUUUUGACCGCUGCUUUGCUGUGUUGACGGAUCUUUCCCAGGAGCUAGAAGAUGAGCUCCGGAUGGGAAUUUACUCCGUGCCUGGUGGCUACCAGCGUUAUCUGGAGAAACGGGGUGAAAUAGAGCAGAAAUACCACUUGGUACCUGAGAAAGGCAUUCAGGCAGACAAAGCUCUUGAAGAAUUCCUGAAAUCCAAGCAGACGGUGGCAAACUCUCUCCUUCAGAUGGACCAUGCCCUGACCGACAAAGAGAAGGAAAUUGAAGCCCAGCGCGCUCAGGCCGAAGCAGCCCAGCUGCAGCAGAAGCUGUUGGAACAGGAGCAGGUCAGACUAGAGCAAAUGGUGGAGGAUGAAAAGCGAAGCCACGAUGAACAGCUCCAGCUGUUGAAGGAGAAGAUGGAGCAGGAGAAGAAGUUGAUGGAAGAGGAAACAAAAAAGAUGAUACAGCAUAAACUCAAGGAACAAGAGGAACUGCUGAAGGAAGGAUUUCAGCAGAGGGCCAAUGAGAUGGAAAGUGAAAUGCAACGUAUCAAAGAAGAAAGUCAAAACUCCAAGGUGGCACUUGUGCUGUCUGCUAUAGAAAAAGGGUUGUCAGCAUUGUCAUCUAUAACAACACAGGUUUUGCAGUACAGGAUGCAAAGUAACAUGCUUUCCAGUGCUCUAAGUCAACAAAAGAGUGAAAGUCCACCAAAGAGUGUAAAAAGCACACCAAGGAGUAAAAACCCACCCAAGAAUUUAAGGAGCCCACCAAAGAAUCCAAAGAAAUAGUUCCACCAUGGGAAUAAAUGGGGCUAGUUGUUAGUUUGCUGCUGGCUUUUCUAUCUUAUCACUACAUCCAUACUUUCAUUGCAGCGUUAUGUAUGGAUCAGUGUUUGAAAUCUGCCAAGUGCAUUUUGCACCUGGCUACUGGCCACUUUGAGCCCAGGCGAAAGUGGGUGCCUGGGGAUCCUUGGCUCUUGCCUGUUUUAAACAUCCUGUUUAAUUCUCUCUAAUAUUUUAUCUGCACAAUCAGAACAAAUUUCACGAACCAAAAAGUCGUACUGAAAAAUACGACUUUUGAGCUGCCUGGCCCCAAAAUGGCAACUAGACAUUCUGUUUUUGGCAACUGUAACCCUCUUUUAAGGAGCCAUUUGGUGCCUAGCUUAUAUAUCUUGAAUUUCUAACUGGCUAGAGAACUGUGAA